AUGCCGAACCAUGCCGACCCUCAGCUCGCGUCUCCGACCCUCCCCGCCCACGCAACGAGGCUCUUUAUUUUCGACACGGUGCCGGUCAUUCCGAGCGUGUCGACCGAUGUGCUGGCCUGCCAGCCGCGCCAGGACGCAGCAGGGCUGUCAUCGGACCCGCCAGCAAGCCUCGCGUCUCCGACCCUCCCCGCCCACGCAACGAGGCUCUUUAUUUUCGACACGGUGCCGGUCAUUCCGAGCGUGUCGACCGAUGUGCUGGCCUGCCAGCCGCGCCAGGACGCAGCAGGGCUGUCAUCGGACCCGCCAGCAAGCGUGUGGUAG